ACCCUCCUGUCUGGCGAUUGGUGAGGUGGCAGCUGCAGGGGCGGUGAUUGGAGGGCUCACCACCAUCUCUUCCAAUGGAAAUAAGCCAGAGGCGGGCCCAGUGGCGGAAGGAGCAUGGCGUGGAGACUGCUGAAAAAGCGGGCCCAGGAUGCUGUGGUCAUCCUGGGGGGCGGAGGACUUCUCUUCACUUCCUACCUGACGGCCAUGGGGGAUGAACAUUUCUAUGCUGAACACUUGAUGCCAGCUCUGCAGAGGCUGCUGGACCCGGAGUCAGCCCACAGGCUGGCCAUUCAUUUCACCUCCCUGGGGCUCCUUCCUCGUGCCACAUUUCAAGACUCUGACAUGCUGGAAGUGAGAGUCCUGGGCCAUAAAUUCCGAAAUCCAGUUGGAAUUGCUGCAGGAUUUGAUAAGCACGGGGAAGCUGUGGAUGGACUUUACAAGAUGGGCUUUGGUUUUGUAGAGAUCGGCAGUGUUACUCCAAAACCUCAGGAAGGAAACCCCAGACCCAGAGUCUUCCGCCUCCCAGAGGACCAAGCUGUCAUUAACAGAUAUGGAUUUAACAGUCACGGACUCUCGGUGGUGGAACACAGGUUGCGGGCCAGACAGGAGAAGCAGGCCAGGCUCACAGAAGGGGGGCUACCACUGGGAAUAAACCUGGGGAAGAAUAAGACCUCCGUGGACGCUGCUGCGGACUACGUGGAGGGAGUUCGAGUCCUGGGUCCCUUGGCCGACUACCUGGUAGUGAACGUGUCCAGUCCGAACACCACUGGGCUACGGAGCCUCCAGGGAAAGGCUGAGCUGCGCCACCUGCUGACCAAGGUGCUGCAGGAGAGGGACGCCCUGCAGGGACCGCGCAAACCGGCUGUGCUGGUGAAGAUCGCACCUGACCUCACAGCCCAGGACAAGGAGGAUAUUGCCAGUGUGGUGAGAGAGUUGGGCAUCGAUGGACUGAUCAUCACGAACACCACAGUGAGCCGCCCUGCCGUCCUCCAGGGUGCCCUGCGCUCUGAAACAGGAGGGCUGAGUGGGAAGCCCCUCCGGGAUUUAUCAACUCAGACCAUCCGGGAGAUGUAUGCACUCACCAAAGGCAGAGUCCCCAUCAUUGGGGUUGGUGGUGUCAGCAGUGGGCAGGAUGCCCUGGAGAAGAUCCGGGCGGGGGCCUCCCUCGUGCAGCUGUACACGGCCCUCACCUACCGGGGGCCGCCCGUGGUGGGCAGGGUCAAGCGGGAGCUGGAGGCCCUUUUGAAGGAACAGGGUUUUACGAGAAUCACAGAUGCCAUUGGAGCAGACCAUCGGAGGUGAGGAUGUUUUCAAUAAGAAGCCUGAUCUGGAAUCUCCCCACUAAAUGAGACGGGUCUUUGUGGCUGGAUUGAGAGAGGAGAGCCACAUCCCCCAAACCACGAGAGCCCUUCCUCCAGCCCAACUGUAAACCCAGUCAGGAGCAUCACCAGAAUCAAUAUGAGGCUUUCUUUAAUCACUUGUCGGACCAUGAACUGCAUUCAUGAGUCUUUCUAAACUCAAAUCCCUUUAAUAUUGCAAGGACAUUAAAUAUUUGAGGGAAAAAAAUCAUAGAAAAAAUAAAGCCAUUUAAAACCUGGA